AAAAAAAGUCUGUAUAUUUGUUUGUGUUGUUGGUCGAAGCUAUUGCUCUUAUUUCUAUUCGAAGUAAAGAAACGUAUUUAUCUCAAGUUAUAAUAUUGAUAUUUAGCAUGAGUGACGAUGAUCUUACCAUUAUGGAGGUCGAUGAACCCAAACCUUCAAAAUCUAGUCAACCAGUGAAAAGUACUAAAAAGUCGUCUGCGCAUCUGCCAUGGAUAGAGAAAUACCGCCCGAUAACAUUCAGUGAUAUCGUCGGGAACGAAGAUACGGUGUCCCGGUUGGCAGUUUUCGCUAAAACUGGCAACGCACCCAAUAUCAUAAUUGCAGGGCCACCUGGUGUCGGCAAAACCACAACGAUCUUAUGUCUCGCGCGCGCCUUGUUAGGUUCUUCAUUUAAAGACGCAGUGCUUGAAUUGAAUGCAUCAAAUGAUCGAGGCAUAGACGUGGUUCGAAACAAAAUUAAAAUGUUUGCCCAGCAGAAAGUGACACUACCUGCUGGGCGUCACAAGAUCGUGAUCCUAGAUGAAGCAGACAGCAUGACAGAUGGUGCACAACAGGCACUACGUCGCACUAUGGAAUUAUACUCUAGCACAACCCGUUUUGCACUUGCUGCAAAUGAUAGUGAGAAAAUAAUUGAGCCUAUCCAGUCUCGCUGUGCUGUUCUGCGAUAUUCUCGGCUCACCGAUGCUCAGAUUCUUGCCAAAAUACUAGAAGUGUGUGAGAAAGAGAAUCUAUCCUACACAGAGGAGGGUGUGAAUGCAGUGGUUUUUACAGCACAGGGAGACUUGAGAUCUGCUCUCAAUAACUUGCAGUCUACUGCCCAGGGCUUUGGGCACAUCAGCCCUGAUAAUGUGUUCAAAGUUUGCGAUGAACCUCAUCCCAUGCUUAUCAAGGGUAUGCUGGAAUCUUGCAUCAAACAGGAUAUACAUUCUGCAUACAAGGUAGUGGCAAAGCUGUGCAAGCUGGGUUAUGCGGCAGAGGACAUAGUGAGCAAUAUAUUCCGUGUGUGCAAAUCCCUGGAGGCGAGCGAGGACACGCGGCUCGCGAUGGUGAGGGAGGUGGGGCUCACGCACAUGCGCGUCGCGGACGGACUCACCUCCGGCCUGCAGCUGGCGGGGCUGCUCGCUAGACUGUGCCGGGCCGCCGCACCCACUAUCGAUGCACCUGUCUGAUGCCCAAAUUGAUACUGAUAGGUAUACAGGGCCACACCUAUACACU